AUGUCAUUGAAGCGACCUGGAGAUACUCGUUGGAGUUCACAUUACGGUACUCUUGUCAACUUGAUACAUUUAUAUUCUUCUAUUGUUGAUGUUCUUGAGUAUGUUGGGGAGAAUGGUCAUGACGAUUCAAUAAGGGCUGAAGCUGAUGAUCAAAUCUUGGGAAUCACACAUGAACUCUCCCAAGUGCUACAAAAGAAAGAUCAAGACAUUGUUAAUGCGAUGAAUCUUGUCAAGGUAGCAAAAUCACGUCUGCAAAUAAUGAGGGAAAAAGAUUGGGAUGUAUUGCUUGCUGAUGUUUUUAAGUUUUGUAGCAAAUAUGAACUGGAUGUGCUUGACAUGGAAGAUGAGUUUGUAGCUCGAAAAAAAGGAAGACGUAGAGCUGAGAAAAUGAAGAAUCUCCACUAUUAUCGAGUUGAGCUCUUUUGUUCUGUUAUUGACUUGCAAGCUCAAGAGUUGAAUCAACGUUUUGAUGAAGUCAACACAGACUUAGUUUUAUGCAUGUCAUGUUUUGAUCCUAGGGAUUUAUUUUCUGCAUUUGAUUUGGAGAAGCUGCUUCGUCUUGCACGGUAUUAUCCUUCUGAACUUUCUGAAGUUGCUUUGUCCGAGCUUAAAAGUCAACUUGAGAACUUUAUUUUCGAUGUGCGCAUAGAUGAAAAGUUUUCACAAAUAUCAGGAAUCAGUGGUCUUGCUCAAAAGAUGGUUUCUACAAGGAAACAUGAAGUUUUUCCAAUGGUUAUUCAUUAG